CGGGUGUGGAGAGCAGACUGGGAGCAAAGGUUGUCGUCUUCGCGCUCGGACUUUCGUCGGAGGGGCCGAGACAUCAUGACCGUGGGAGCCAGGCUCCGAAAUAAGGCGGCGAACAGCUUCCAGCUCCGUGGACCCCUAGGACGAGCGCGGACGGAGAGGGAUGAGGACACAGACGCCAUCCUGGAGCACCUGGAGUGCGGGGACGAAGGCGCGGAGAGCGAGGCGGGCGGGCGGCGCGCGGGGGCCCGCAGCGCGCGCAGGGUGCACCUUGCGGUCCUGCCGGAGCGCUACGAGCCGCUGGAGGAGCCCGCGCCGGGCGAGAAGCCCAGGAGGAAGUACCGGCAGAAGCUGAAGAAGUACGGCAAGAAUGUCGGGAAAGUCAUCACCAAAGGAUGUCGCUAUAUAGUCAUCGGCCUGCAAGGAUUCGCAGCAGCCUACUCUGCCCCUUUUGGAGUAGCCACCAGCGUGGUAUCCUUUGUGCGCUAACAAGAGCCACUAGGGUACGCACCACAAGAAGGAAUAGAAGCCUCUGCUCUGGGAACAGUGAGAACCCAGGAGCAUUUCAGACUUGAACUCACAGAAUACUUAGAAGAGAAAAAAUGUCUUUCUUUGUUGAACUGGAAGAGUGUUCUGAUGGGACCAUCCCCGCCAUCUGCUGAGCUUUUGACGUCUCUUGGACAUGGUGGAUCCAGUAGUCAAUCCUGCAGAGAAUUAGGCCGGGUUAGGUUUGGGGAUUAGGAUUAAUUUGCUUCUUGUAAGGGUGAGAGCUUCAUAUGAAGGUGGCAGGGGCAAAGAUGGAGACAGACCCUUGACAGAUUUGAGCAAAUGGUGAUUUUGAGCAGGAAAAACGUGUUGACUGGGAUCAGAGAGUUUGCUAGAUUUGCGCAGAGAGGUCCUGGCUGACCGGGCUGCUCACAGUCCUGGGCUGCCUCUCUUCUGCGAGCAGCAAAAGAGCUGUUUAUUUCUGAAGUUAUUCUCCCCCUAUCUCUUUCCUCCACCACUCUGUCACCAGGAAUUUAAUUACAGGUUUGAGAAGAAGGAAGGAAAAAAAAAAAAAAAACUCUUUAAAUACUGUGAUGCUUUGAAAACCAUGUUCACAGUUGUGUCAUGACUGUUUAAAGUAGGUAAAAACCCAUUGCUGUCACCCGUCUCUGCAUAAAUGUGCAGCUGGCAAUGAGGGAAGGAGGAAGGGCAGUCCAGACACAGACUGGGUGGCUGGGCAGGUAGUCUGAGAGGCUGUACCUGGUCCUGCCCAGGCCAGCUCAGCCACAUGUUUGGAGCUGGCCAGAUUCACCCCCACCCUGCAAAUGUGUGGCUGGCUGGUUGUAGACCUCCUAGCUGCAUCAGGUCCCUCCCGACAGCUGCUCAGCUGCUCCACUGUGCCAGGCCAAUGAAGGGUGCUUUGUCCUGGGACACAGGGGAUGAGGAAAAGAGAGAGGGAGACACAAAACCUGGGAAUGAAAAUGUCGAUUUAAAGAAGAACCCACUAAGUAGGAGACAGGUGUGAAGGAAGUAGAACAGGGUGAGAAGGAUGUUGGAAGAGAACAGUGGAAGUCAGGAGCCAGGUCUGGGUGCUCAGUGGUGGGGAAUCUCAAAAGGGCAGAGCCUUUGGCCCUAAGUAGGGGCAGAGGGAAGUUGGGUGACCAAGGGUGCCAUGGUGGUGCUUAAAACCCCUCUGGGGCCUGUCGUGUGGGUUUGCUUCUAGGAUGCCCAGCACUGUUGUUCUGCUCUGUCUGCAAGAUCAGUGGCAACACAUUGCCCCAAGAGACCUUCGCACUCUUGCCUCACCCAUCCAGCCCAACCAGGAGGUAGAAAAUGCAGGGAGACAGACAGACAGGUGGACAGAAAAAGGCAUGAGUGGAAGAGAAAGUGGUAGCUAUAAAGCUGGACUCAGCUUCUCUUUCUGGAGACUCACGUUGAAGAUAUACCAGGGCCCAAUUCCUGCAUCAUUAAUAUUUGUGAGGAAAAGAGCAAACAAUCUUGUUUUAACCCAAAUGAUGAAAGUGGAUAAUAGCACGUUUCACAAUGUGAGAUUAUUAUAGCUUGACGGGUUAACACUGGCGUGGGAGAAAAGGAGAGACCGACCUAAGUGGAGGAAAAAGCCAGAGCUGAAGGAAAGACAGUCAAGGCCUGUGUGGGUUUUUGGUCACAGGAAGUGAAUGCAGGGGCAUGGAAGUGUGGUCCAAAGAAGAGACCAGGGCUGCUGGGGCCUUUUCUUGCCUGGCAAGUCUGUCCAAGGAAGAGCUCCUCUCCAAAUCCCAAAUUGGAAAAACUGCAAGGUCAAGCAUAUCUGGCCCUGGUUAAGAAUUAACUCAGGAAUGUCAAAAGCUCACAGGUGUUGUCCUGCAAGUCAGGUUCAAGUAUGGACUUCAAACCCUCUCCCAGCCUGUGUGGUCAUUUCCCCUAUAAUGGGCGGGCUCCAGAAUGUUCUCAUAAUCAGUUCUUUGAAUUUAAGAAUUUGCAUUAUGUUGCAAAUUGCCCUUUUGUCUUUUCUUUUUCAUCAGUUUUUUUUAGAAUCAAGCACCACACCCUACAGAGAAUUAAAUUUUAGAGCUUUCCCUUUACUGGCUCACCAAGAGGCUUCUUUUGUAUCCUCUUCUUGUCCUAUGAUGUAAAUAAAAGCCCAGCUUGUUUAUCA